UUACGGUACUUUUUUCCUCUUGUUGCUGCACUAAGAGCAACAUGGCAGCUUCCACUUCAGCUGACUUUAUAAGCUUAAAUUCAGCGUCCAGCACUCAGUUGUCUAGACGUAAGGUUCGCCGAAAAAGGAUAAACAAAAACAAAAAGAAAAAUUGGACGAAAUGUACUGAUAUUGCUGAUGUAGAAGGAUUCUUGGACGACGUAAGGCUUCAGGAAAGAGCAGUGGGGGGUCUUAUCUCGGAAAAAUCUGAUGACACACUCUUCUUUGUGGAUACUGGAAAUGAGCAAAAAGACUUGAAACUAAAUAAAGGGAAAACAAAACCUUUACACAUAGAUCUCGUUUUACAGUCUACUUCUCAAGUCCCACCUCCAAAAGACAUACUGUCGCACCAGAUUCCAAAUGCCAAGAAGUUAAGGCGACAGGCAUUACGGCAGGAGAAGUUGGAAGCCCAGGGCAUUGUACCCCGAAGUAAAAGACUUCUACAGGCUCGUUUACUACAGAAGUCUUUGGGAAAACCAAGCCCAAUACCAAGCACUGGUCCAAGGCGCAAGUAUUAUGACAUAUGGUCAAAAAAUAGUCCAUUAAACAAAGACCUCAUAGGAAAAGACAGUUGGUACUUGCAGCAGACAAAGAAGCAGAGGAUAAAGCGACCUGACUGGCUGCAGACCAAGCCCUCACAGUUGGCAGCAGUAGAAGUUAUAUCUCCAGGUGGAUCCUACAAUCCCACAUUUGAGUCACAUCAGGCUUUACUACUGAAGGCGCAUGAGGUAGAGUUGAAAAAGCUGAAAGAAGAAGAAAAAUUGAAUAGUCAACUCAGUGUGCCAGUUAAGGAGGAUAUUGCCACAGAGGAGACUACCUUUCAAGAGCUCUGUCAAGGCCUGUUAGAAGACAGUGAAGGCGAGGAGGAGGAGAAAGAAAAAGAAAAAAAACACCCUGUUUCAGAAGACACUCCAGAAGAUAGGACGGUCCCUGUUGCUGUUGGAGAAAAGAAAACAGAAAAGCAGAGGAAGAGAGAAAAGGUUCUUAAGGAAAAGGUUGGUGGAAAAUUGCAAGCUGAAAAAGAAGCUAACUGUAAGAAGCAAGAACUAUUCCGAUUACGGUCCAUCAAAGCUGUGGUGAAACAAAGAGAGGAAGAGCUAGCACAAAGGAAGAAGAAACGUAUGGAAAAGCGAGAAUCCGAUGCUACCAAACCCAAACGACUGGGCAGACUAAAGUAUCAGGAACUUGAUCCAGAUGUGCAGUUGAGCACCGAACUUUCAGGAUGUCUACGGACACUGAAGCCUGAAGGCAGCAUCCUUAGAGACCGAUUUAAAAGCCUACAAAAGCGAAAUCUUAUUGAGCCCAGAGAGAGAGCAAAGUAA